AGGACACGAAUGGACAUUUUUGGAGGCGGAAUCUAACGUCUGCCAUGCAUUAGUGACUCCUGUGCAGCAGCAUAAUUUAGAUAUGGCCUAGUUGGUAGUCGAUUAGCACGCAUGACGCCGCACAUUUAAGCUGCAGCUACCGUUUCGCGAAGGUUUAAUAUUCAGUGAAAUUCUAGGAAGAUGAAGACGGGAUUCUAUCCCAUCCACCCCGAAGCUGACAGUGCGGUGGGAGCUAUGCACUUGCCGCACCAAUCCACUGCCUGCUUUUCAUCACCUGGUCCUGCUCUCUGGUUCAGCCUGGGCCACCCGAUCAGCGCCCACUGUCCGGACUUCAUGACGGCGUCGGCCAAGUUCCAGAGCUAUGUCUACUGCGGGGACUCCUACCUGCAGCUUGGCGACUUCCGAAGGGCCGAGGCAAUCUAUCAGAAGGCCAUCCAGCUGAAGAAAUCGGCGGCUAAAGCCAAGGGAAAGACACCUGGCUCUAUCAUCAGUGGGGACGUCACGUCGGAGAACGACAUUAAAUUCCAGAUCUACACCUGCCAUGUCAACAUGAAACAGCAGUCCCAAGCCAUCACGGCGCUGGAGAGCAUCCCUGGCAAGCAGCGCAGUGCUCGUGUCAACAUGGCCCUGGGCCAGCUGUACCAGCAGAACGGCAACGAGCGGUCGGCCAUCACCUGCUACCGGGAGGUGCUCAAAGAGUGCCCGCUCGCCCUGGAGGCGGCCAAGGGUCUGCUGGAGCUGGGGGUCAAGCCCGUCGAGGUGGCGGCCCUGGUGCUGCACCCGUCGGGGGGAUCUUCCCUGCCGCCCAACAUGGAGUGGCUCGGCCAGUGGAUCAAGGCCAACGCUCACUUUCAUGCCAGGGAGUAUGCCUCCAGCAUUGCCAACUUUAAGCAGUUGGAAGCGAGGCCCCAGCUCUCGGACAAUGUGGACAUCCUGGUUUCCCUCGGCGAGGCCUACUACCACAUGGGGGAUUUCAUCAAUGCCGGCGUCACCCUGGAGAGGGUGCACAGCCUGGAUCCAUACCAGGUGAGGGGCAUGGACAUCUAUGCUGCUCUCCUUGCCAAGGACAAGAAAGUCAAGGAGCUGGAGACCCUGUCGACUCAACUGAUGUCCGUGAACGACAAGACGCCUGAACCGUGGAUUGUGAUGGCUUACCUCUGCUACGUCACCAAGAAGGGCACCAGAGCCAUCUACUUCUCACAGAAGGCCUGCAUGCUGAAUCCCCGUCACGUGGAAGCCCUGCUGCUCAAGGGCUUUAUUCUGCUGGAGCUACGCAAGCAGCACGAAGCCAUUGCUCACUUUGGAGAGGUCUUCAAGGUCGCACCUUACCGUCACGAGGCGUACAAAGGCAUGGUAGACUGCUACCUGGCCCUCCUUCGUAACAAUGAGGCGGCGGCCAUUGCCAGCAACGGCUGCAAGCAGUUGGGCCACAACCCAAGAUCUUUAACACUGUAUGCAAGCGUGCUGAUGAAGAACCCCGUGACGGUGGAGAAGGCCAAGCUGUGCCUGGAGAAGGCCCUGAAGCUGGACAGCAACCACUUGCCGGCUGUGUACCUGCUGGCCGAGAUCUACGACCAAGAGAGAGCUUACCUCAAGGGCAUAGAGCUACUGCAGAAGCAUCUGGAGGUGCAAAGCACAUGCCGGCUGCAUCAGAUGCUGGGGGACUUCUUUGCCAGGACGAGCGAACACGAGAAGGCACUGCACCAUUUUGGCAUUGCUCUCAACCUGGACCCGAGCAACGCCAGCGCCCGCAAGGGAACGCGCAGGGUGGAGCAGAGGCCCGAGAAUGUGGAGGGGGGAUACGACAUGGACGUGGACGAGAUUGCCGAGUCGGACGUAGAGAACGAACUCGAAGAAAGCGAAGUGGAAGCAGUCUGGUCCGACGUUGAGUACUCAUAUAAUUAGUUUUAAUUGCAAACUUUGACAAUGAAAUAUUGCAAUCACCUUGUGUCAGGGCACUGGUGGGUCAGCCAGCCCAAUUAUUGCUUCUCAAGGAGUGCAUUCAGGGAAUGUAUCUAGGGUCGUGCAAAACGAGAACGCGGGAAAGAAUAUUAACACUUCAUUACAGCAGGAUGACCUUUAAUUAUUGUGCUUCAAAACCGCUUCAUUCCGUUCGGUUUAGCAAUGAUAUGUACAAUUGUGUGUGGACAUAAAUAAAUUCAUGUCUAAUGCGAUGUGACCCAAAA